UCCUCCUCCCUCCGUCCCGGAACCGCCGGCCCCGCUCGCCAUGCUGCCCCCGGGGCCGCUCCGCCGGCCUCUCGCCGCCGCCGCCCGCCUGGCCCGGGCCCGUCCUCAGUUGUUUUUCCCUCAGGUGCUUGCAUCCCUUGCUACAGGGCCCAGACAAAAUGAUAGCGUUUUCUACGAAAUCCGCACAUAUGAUGUUAAGCCAUCAAAGAUGAAGGAGUUUGUGGAAAUGGUCAACAAGUACUUUCACCUUCGCACAGCUCACUCAGAGCUGGUGGGAUUCUGGUCUGCGGAGCUAGGAGCCAUGAAUACAGUUGUCCACGUUUGGAAGUACGAUAAUUUUGCCCACAGAGCAGCAGUUCGGCAUGCGCUAGCCAAUGACAAAGACUGGCAGGGAAAAUUCCUCUCUGCAGCUCUCCCCUUGAUAGAAAAGCAGCACAAUGAAGUUGCUUAUCUGGUACCCUGGUGUCAACUUGGGAAGCCUCCAAAAGAAGGGGGAGUGUAUGAAUGGGUUACUUUCCAGAUGAAGCCUGGUGGGCCAGCGUUGUGGGGCGAAGCAUUUCGAGCAGCAAUCAAUGCUCACAUCAACACAGGCUACACCAAGCUGAUUGGUGUUUUCCACACAGAGUAUGGGUUACUGAACACAGUCCAUGUGAUCUGGUGGAAUGAGAGCCCAGAUGACCGGGCAGCGGGAAGGCACAGGGCCCAUGAAGAUGCCAGAGUGGUAGCAGCUGUGCGGGACAGUGUCAGAUUCUUGGAGUCUCAGCAAAACAUGCUCCUGAUUCCUCUGCAAUGCUCACCACUGAAAUAACCUUCUUCUAGAAGAUUUAACUGCAGAAAGGACAAGAUGGAGGUAAUGUCAGCAAGUACCUUCAUAUGGAGUGUCAUGCCAUGAAGAACUGAGCCAGCUGUUCUUCAGUUUACAGUAAAUGUAUGUAAAAUGCUAAGUGCUAUCACUGUGAAAUCAGUAAAAGUUUGCACCCUGAUAGUAAUUGCUAAACAGAAGUUUAUGAUGUUCCUACAUCCCCUGGAAAGAGAACUCAAACCAUAUCACAAUAUGAACCAAACUUCACCUGAUUUUUAUUUUAAUACUUUUCUGCAUAGCUAGGUCACUUAUCAAACCUAGUAGUUUAACUGCUCUUUUCCAACAUUAAAGCUCAGGGCUGGUAUAAUUUUCAUUAUGUACUUUAGCAACCCUUGUAAUUAUCACAUCUUGGCUAUGACAUAGUGGUUUAAGAAGGAAUGCCCCCAUAGAUAUUACCCAAUUACGGUUUGAUCAGGCUUACCACUGGGAUGCUUUGUAUUAAUUGAGUGAUGUACAACAUCAAUGUGGCUGGAAUUGCCCUUAGGAAGUGCUGCAGUGGGGCUGGUCAGGUAUGGGGUCCUUAUGAACUCUGCCCUGAGAACAGCAAAUAUUCAUUAUCUUGUUAGUUCACUUUCCUUUCUUGUUUAUUAAACAUUUCUGCAAAACAUAGUGCUGUCUUAGGUAUUUUAAUACUGUUCAACAGUGUAAUCAAACUUGGCAGAUCUACAUGUGCUUAUAUUCUUUGAAAUACUUUUUGCAAGACUGUUAAAAGCCAAAUGUAUGGGGAUAAAGCAUGAUUUUUUUUAGUGUUUACAGCUCAAGCUCUUACUCUUUUUAAACUCUGAAAUAAUAAACCCCAUUCUCCAAGUA